UUAUUCUCUUCCCAUUUAAUUUAAUCUCAUUCUUUCUUCUCCCUUUCUUCCACCUUCCUCCUAUUUAGACAUUUACUUCUUCUAUUUUUAACAUUAUCCCACUCUCUUUCCAGCACAUUUGUCUCCUGGUUUCCCAAUCUCUCUCUCUCUCUACUUCUAUUCCCUUUUCUUUAUCUUCCAAUCUCUCUCUCUUACUGUCUUAUUUUCUUUCCUCUCCUAUCUUUCUCUUGUAAUUUGAACCAACUCGCCCUUCGCCCUUCCAUUUGGUUUAUCUUUUCUCACUCUCUUUUCCCCUUUCUCUCUGUAUCUCUCAUCUCCUCCUUUGUUGCUCAUAGUCUUUCUGCCCACCUUCAUCACUCGUUUACCAAACGCCAUACUAAACCAAGCCACAACAUAUAUUCACAACCACUCUCGCAUGCUCUUUCCAAUUCCUCUCCCCGUCGUCUGCAUUCUUUCACCGUUGACCCCACCACCACCGCCGUCUCUAUACCACUUAUCUACCCUGCUUCACCCUCCCCAACACUGUACACUAAGCAGUUUGCUAUGCCAUUAUUACUUCUCCAUCUUUCUCCAAUCCUCUCUCUCUCCCACUCUCUCAACACCUAUCUUUCUUUCACUCACUCACUCACUCAUCCUCUCACUUCCACUCACUAUGCUUUUCAUAAAAGCCAUAUUGUUUACUUUAAAUUAUACACACACAGUCCUCCUCACUCUCUGAUUUAUACUCUCUAUUAAUAAUACAAUGUCAACUAUUCCCUCUAUCUUUAGCCAUAUACAUUUAUAUAGAAGUAUUUUUUUCUCUUUCGUUUUCCCUCUCACUCUAAGUUCAUCUCUGAUUCCUAUUCAUUGAAAUUCUAUGCUUUCUUCCUCUUAUUUCCACUACUAAACUUUCUUUUUAUUUUUCUCCUCCCCUUCUCUUUUUGCUCCCCUUCUGCUAGUGUCUGUUCCACCCACCCCCUUCACUGUCACGCGUAUCCCUCACAACACUCUCUCUCUCCUUCUCUUCUACUCCCACACCAUCCAUCCAUUUCUCACAUGACUGUUUCUUUAUUUCUUUAACUCCCUCCUUUUCUUUUUCUCUUUCCUUCUCCAGUCUAUUUUUCCCAUCUUUUCUCCUCACUACCACUAUUUUAUUUUUCUGUCUCUAUCUAUAAUAUAUAUAUAUAUAUAUAUAUAUAUAUAUAUAUAUACACAUACACACACACAUAUAUGUAUUUCUCCCAACACUAAGCCCUUAAACUCUCCCCCUCUCUAUAUACUAUCUCUCUUUCUCUCUUUAUCUACCCUUCCCCUAUCUGUCUACUAAUCUAUAUCUUUAAGCACUAUCUUCCCCCUCUCUCUCUAGCUUUAUCCUUUCUACUCUCUCCCACACUCUUCGGCUUUCUCUCUUUUUCUCUGUCUCUUUUCUCUGAACACUACCUGCCUCCUACUUCCUUUAAUUUCCUUUCGUUCUUCCCACCUGCGCCCCUCUCUCUCUCUAAUCUCCAUUACUCUCACCACGCACACUCAGUUAUUUCUCAUUGUCUCUCAAUCUUUCAGACGGUCUUUGUGUAUGUAUAUGUGUGUAUGUGUGUGUUUGUCUAACCACCACACACACACACACACACACACAUAUAACCACACACAAAUACAUACAAAAACACGCGCGCGCUCGUACGCACGCUCACCCACAACCAUAUACACAGUCUUCACCACUGCUACUCCUGCUACUACCACCACCACAACCACUACUACUACUACUACUACCACUACUACUACUACUACUGCUGCUACUGAUGACCAGGUUGAAAGCGGAGCAUUUUGCAGAGACAAGACAUCUCCACAUAAAGCAAAAAACUGUGUGUCCCUUCUUUGGAGAAUGUACCAGGGGUUUCAGGGUUUUACGUCGCAGACCAGCAGCUGUGAAAAUAUUUGUGAGAAUGUAUCACUAAUGUUGUGGCAUGUUUGGGGGUUCAAAGCCCAAGUAUGACCAGAAGUUGCACUCAAGAAGAAGAAUGUGGGAUGCAAGAAAGAGGAAGAAGAAAAACAAAAAGAAACGUUGAAGAAAAGAAAGGGUAACAGUUUUACUGUGGAGACUUUAACCCUCGACUUGAUGUGAAGCUGGUUUUGUUACAUUGUUAAUAGCAACACACUGAUGUAUCUGAUAGUCUAAUGUAGUGUGUGUGUGUGUGUGUGUGUGCCACCAUAAACAGACUGUAUAACAGCUACUACUUUACAACAACCUGCAACAAUCUUCUCCCUAAACAUUGUCAUAUUGGAUUACUAAAUUUGUGUUCCUGCUGUUAAAUAGCUCUGGUGGCCAACCGGUCAUUGGUCAACCGUACUGUGACUGGAUAGUAUUGACAACUUAGCUCUGACUGAAGUAUAUUGGUCAACAGGGUUGUGACCAAUGUACUUCAGCCAUUGGAAUACUGACUGGUGAGAGAAAAAAAAAACAAACCCUUGGUCAACAUAGGCACUGACCAAAGUUAAUUAAUUAAUCAGUGUAACCUGGUGAUUGGACCUUCGACAUAAUUGAUUAUUUUAAUUCAGUAUUAAACUGGUAAUGUGAACAGUGGCACAGUGAAGAUAAAAAUAUCAUUAUAAAGAGUGGCAGACUCAAUGAAUAUGAUUAGCAGCAGAAUCAACAUAAACAGUGGCAGAACCAACAUGAUCAGGGACAUUAUCAACAGUGGCAGAAUCGUAAUAAAAAGUGACAAUACAGGCUGUGAGAGAAUGAACAUAUAACAGUGGCAGAAGUAAUAAACAGCAGUGGUAGAUAAUAAUAAUAAUAUUGAUAUUAAGAAGAACAGUAAUGACUGAAGUAUAAAGUAUCAUUUGAUGGUGAGAGACAGACGAUAAUAAAUGAUACGUGAUUUUGAAAAAUAACCGCAGGCCCUACCAAAUAUUGUUUGCUAGUGGCUUCUGUAAAUUGGUUGUGUAGGGUUACAGAAGGCAGAGAAACUGGUAUAAACAGUGACCGACAGUUAACACUUUACAAUGUGCACUGCAACCACAACAAGUAGGUAGCAAGUUGUUAAAAGGAACCCCAACAGUUAACAAACUGUACAACAGUAAACAGUAGAACAACAGUGAACAGCAGAACAACAGUGAACAAGCUGUAAAGUUACAACAACAGCAAUUGCAAUCAAACAGAAAAAUAUCUAAAUGACAAAUAAACCAUUUACACCAACAGCAACUACAACAACAACUUGGCCAUUUACAACAACAGCAAUUGUAAUAUUUCUUAUCUAUAAUGACUUUAACAGAUCCAACUAAUUGUGAAGUUAGAACAAGAAAUAAGCACAGCAGCGGCAGUGCAGUAGCUGCUGCUGCUGUUGCAACUUGUAAGCUCCCCCAGCAACAGUGCAGUUGUAUUGAUAUAUUUACACCAAGUUUCUCCUUCCAAUCAAUCCAACACUAACCAUGUAUCCAGGUCAGCCCACCUUCCCCACCCUUGAAAAUACCCAGUGUACAAUAUACGGGCAGCCUAUCUACCAGAUAAACCAGUUGAAAAUACCCGAACGAAGCCCUGUCAAUGAAACGGGCUACUUCCCCAAUCUUCUUUGGAAAGACCAAUACCAAGGUCUUGGGAUCUCUAAUAAUGUCCAAAACCUCACUCCGAACCGAGUGUCUGUCCCUUCUGUAACCCCAUCCCCCAGCCCCAGCUAUAAAAAUAGCACCAACACAAUCAGAUUUGCCAGUUCUGAGAGCAGCAAUGUUACUACAGACAGGAAUCUGCGUAUUCCUGAUGUCUCUAGGAAAAGUGUUUACCAAGGAACUACCGGUUCUGAUUCUUCACGAAUACACAAUGAAGGGGAACCGAAAAACUAUCGAGUUCUCAACAUACCAGGUAAAAGCUUUUCUUCCCCAGAGCCAGUCUCGAAUAAUCGCAUGGACACUUCUGCAAAGACACAAAAAGGGGACUUCCCAUGUAAAUAUUGCGGGAAGGUCUUCUCUUGUGAAUUCUUUUUGAAGAUUCAUACUCGCAUUCAUUUAGAAGACACAUCCUCUCCACCACCGCCACACCCCAAUCAUACCUCUCCCACCAACAUUAGCAACAAUAACAACAACAGCAACAAUCAUCUUCAUCACAACAAUAACAGUCACAACAAUGCUAUUAAUAACAACAGUCAUAUGAAUAAUAAUAACAACAACAGUCACAACAACCACAAUAACACCAGCAACCACAACAACAACAAUAACAACAAUAAUAAUAAUUUUUCUAGUAAUCAAAUUGGAGGUGGCAAAAGCGACUCCUGUUUCCAGGCACCAUCCCCUGUCAAACCCCUUCAUAUGAAUCCACACUUUAACACUGGGAACAUCAAUUCUUCUGGAUCUGCUGUUGACAAACCGUUCCGUUGUAGUAUUUGCUCAAAGACAUUCAGUCAUCUAACUAAUCUAAAACUUCAUCUUCGCACACAUUCUGGUGAGAAACCAUUUAGCUGUGAUGAAUGCGGAAAAUCCUUCGCUCAGAAGAGCAGUCUCAAAGAUCAUCGGCGUCUUCAUACUGGAGAUUUGUUCUAUUGCAGUUAUUGCAAAAAACCAUUUGCAAACCGCUUCUUUCUUCAGAACCAUGAACGUAGCCAUACAGGAGAAAAGCCUUUUAAAUGUGAUUUCUGUGGUAAAGCAUUCGGCCAACGUACGAAUCUUAAAACCCACCUCAGGACUCACACGGGUGAGAAACCAUUUCAAUGUGAUCUGUGUGACAAAUCUUUUGCGCAGUUGAAUUGUCUAAAUGACCACAGACGGCUUCACACAGGAGAUACUUAUGUGUGUGGUAUUUGCAAAAGAGAAUUCUCGAACCAAUUCUUCUUGAAAAGUCAUGAACAAACCCACAAGUCAGGAGAGAUUUUCAAAUGUACAAUCUGUGGAAAGACCUUUUCCAACAAGUUCUUUUUGAAAAAUCAUUCCAGGAUUCACAGUGGGGAAAAGCCAUAUGCUUGUGAAUUCUGCGAUAAGAAAUUCUCGCAAAACGGGAAUUUAAAGACACAUCUUAGAAUUCAUACAGGAGAGAAGCCAUUUAUCUGUGACAUUUGUGGUAAGGCAUUUGCACAAAGAAACUGUCUGAAUGAUCAUAAGAAUCUACAUACAGGUGAAACAUUCAAGUGCGAAUUGUGCAGUAAAAGCUUCUCCAACCAGUUUUUCCUAAAAAGCCAUGAACAGAUACAUACUGGCGAGACUUUUAACUGCAAUAUAUGUGGCAAAAACUUUUCAAAUAAAUUCUUUCUGAAAAACCAUUCAAGAAUUCAUUCAGGUGAGAAACCAUUUAAAUGUGAUAUUUGCGAUAAGCAGUUUUCCCAGAGAGGCAAUUUGAAAAUUCAUCUGAGAAUACACACAGGGGAGAAACCAUUCGUAUGUAAUAUUUGCGGAAAAGGAUUUGCGCAAAGAAAUUGCCUUAACGACCACAAAAGGAUCCACACUGGGAACAUGUAUUACUGCUCCAUAUGUCAUAAAGAGUUUUCUAAUGAAUUUUUUCUCAAAAGUCAUCAGCAAGUCCAUAAGAAUACAGAUGAAGUUUACACAUGCUCAAUUUGUGACAAAACAUUUAACAACAAGUUCUUCUUAAAGAACCAUGAAAUAUCCCAUUCUGGUGAGAAACCAUUUACCUGUGAAAUUUGUGACAAGUCCUUCUCUCACCGGACAAACCUAAAAACACAUUUAAGAAUACACACAGGGGAGAAACCCUUUCAGUGUGAUAUCUGUGAUAAAGCUUUUACACAGAAAAAUACCCUGAACGAUCACAAGAGGAUCCACACCGGACAGCUGUUCUAUUGCCCUGUUUGUAAUAAAGGGUUUUCUAAUCGCUUUUUCCUAAAAAGCCAUGAACUCAGUCAUUCGGACCAAAAGUCUUACGAAUGUGAAUUCUGCCAAAAACGUUUUACACUAUCAGGUAACUUAAAAAUGCACUUAAAAACACAUACUGGAGAAAAAGAUUAUAUCUGCGACAUUUGUGGGAAGGCCUUUGCCCAGAAAAACUGCCUAAACGACCACAAAAGAGUACACACAGGAGACUUGUUUUAUUGCAGCUAUUGUAAGAGGUCUUUUGCCAACCAGUUUUUCCUUCGAAAUCAUGAGCGCACGCACACAGGGGAGAAACCAUUCCAGUGCAGUUUUUGUGAUAAAGCUUUUGCUCAGCGAGGUAACCUAAAGACGCAUCUACGCAAACACACAGGUGAGAAACCAUUUCAUUGUGAUAUAUGUGGGAAGUCCUAUUCUCAGAAGAACUGUCUAAAUGAUCAUAUGCGUAUGCACACAGGAGAAUUGCUCUUGUGCCGCUUUUGUGGCAAAGAAUUUUCAAACCGCUUCUUUCACCGUAACCACGAGCGUCUUCACACUGGGGAGAUCCCAUAUCAUUGCGAGUUGUGUGGGGAAGUGUUCUCCCACAGCUCUGCGCUAAAAGCCCAUACCAAAACACACACAGAAAUAGGUAAGAAACAAGUAUUCUACUGUGACGGUUGUAAUAAAUAUUUUACAGACCGGAACAACUUUACAAAACACAACUGCUUUCAAACAAACAAUUCUGAGUUGUCGAAACAUCAGCCUUCCAUUAAGUCCCCAAUGACAAACAUCAGAACUAACAACAACAACAACAACAACAACAGCAACAGCAUCAACACCAACAUCAGCACCACCCCCACUCCACCCCCCUCUAACAACAACAACAGUAUAUACAACAGUAACAACACCACCACCACCACCAACAACAACAACAUCAAUAGCAUUAAAGCAAAUCCUACAUCUAUUCAGGAACCCACUACAGAUAUGUCAAAAGGGCCAUGUCGAACAGACUCAAACUCUUCGGCUUCUAUCAAAUCCGACUCCAGCAAAGACUCGUUGACUCCAAUAAUAGUCCCCUCACCUGCUCCCCCCACAUUCUUACACGAAAUGCCCCCCAGUUGGGAGAACAACUACAUUUGGCUGAGAGAGUUUCCUCUGCCCCCCAUGUUAAGUUCUGGCUGGACUAAUGUCCCCAACACAAUGAAUUAUGACUGGAACAAAAAUAAUAAACAAGAAGACGAAGAAAACGCUCAGCAAAGCGCUAAUUCUUCACCAAAAAGCCACUAAAGACAAAAAAAAAAGUGGAGUUUUUUUUUUGCAAUUUUUUUUUUUUCAUGUGUGCAUGUUUGUACAUAUAUGUAUGUAUGAGUGUGAGUGUGUGUGUGUGUAUGUGUCCUCCAUUUGUUAUAUUUCAUGUGUGGGAUCUGCUAUUGAAAUUAGAAGUCAACUUUUCUGACAAUCAGUGUACGAGUUUCACUGUUAGCUUGCUUUGGUUACUAGACUUUUCUGUUCAUUGUGUCCACAUCGUUGCUGAACAUAAGUGUUCACCAACACAUGUGCGUUCAGUUUUAGCCGGGGGUGUUGAAUGCGUGUUCGCUGCUUUAAUGAGAUUUUUAAAACCCAUACGUUCACUGUUUUAACAGGAUUGCUGAACGUAUGUGUGUUCACUGUUUUAACAGGUUUGUUGGACAUUUGUGUUUACUGUGUCAAACAGCAGCAAUAUCUUCUACAUAACCUCAUGUCAAGAUAUUAUAAACUCAUUUCAUUCACAUAUAAAUAUGUGUGUGUGUGUGUGUGUGUAGAAUAUAUAUACAUAUAGAUGUGUAUGUGUUUGUGUAUGUAAUUUAUGUACGAAUACUUACUCAGAUCAACAAAUGUUGACCAUACAUACACAAACACCCAAACACACACACACACACACACACACAUUCUGAUACUGUUGUAAAUACUUAAAUACAUAUAUAUUACAUAUUUGGGUACUUCUAUAUAUACAUACAUAUGUGUGUGUGUGUAAAUAUAUGUGUAUAUA